UUUUUUUGCAGGAACAUAAUAUAGAGAACCAUUUGCUUCCGAUCUCUGACUUAAAAGGAAAAGAAAAAGUACCGAUCCAACGGUAUUACAUCAAUUAAGAAACACAUCAACGGUUCACCGUAUUCCGCAAUCUUUAACGAGGACGGGAAAACGUUUUCCCGAUAGACGAAUGGUGCGAGUUGGCGAGACUCCGUUACCUGUCAGCCUCAUUCUCUGAUUCCUGUUAGACAGUGUGAGAGCCGACGGAGGAAAGAAAGAAUACGAUCGGAAGAAAGAAGAAUGCCCCUUUAUUAAUCUCACCUCACGGCUCACCCUAACUGCCAUGGCUGUGGGGAAUAUUAUAGCUAUUUGUCAAUCGGGUGGUGAGUUUGUGACUGAUAAAGAUGGUUCGUUAUCAUAUACUGGUGGAGAUGCCCAUGCUAUUGAUAUUGAUAAGGAAACACGGUUUAAUGAAUUCAAGUUGGAAAUAGCUGAAAUGUGGAGUUGUAGCAUUGGUACCAUGUCUAUCAAGUACUUCCUCCCAGGAAACAGGAAAACUCUCAUUACUGUCUCCAAUGACAAAGACCUGAAGCGCAUGAUCAAUUUCCAUGGGGAUUCUGUCACUGUGGAUGUGUAUAUCAUAACAGGAGAUACUGUCACCCAUGAUGUCUCCAACAUGCCUGCCAGUAGAUCAAGCAGGACCACCUUCUCUGAAGCAGUGGUUAUGGCAGAUGCCCCUGUUGAUGCCCCUGUUGAUGUCAUGGAUGUUGUUGAUGCCCCAAAUAUUGCCACUCUGGAUGUGCCAAUUGCUCCUGCUGCUGCUGAUGCCCCUAUGGUCACUCCUAUUGCUAUCCCUGUUUCUGUUUCCAUUUUUUCUAACUCUAAUCAUGAAAAGAAUCACAAAGAUUCAAAAUCAUGGGAAAAUGCCAUAACUGGUGUAGACCAGCGCUUUACUAGUGUUCACGAAUUUCGUGAUGCUUUGCAUAAAUAUUCCAUUGCACAUGGGUUUGCCUACAGGUUUAAGAAAAAUGAUCCUCACCGUGUAACUGUCAUGUGCAAAGCAGAAGAUUGUCCAUGGCGGAUACAUGCGUCAAGGCUGUCAACCACCCAGUUAUUUUGUAUUAAGAGAAUGACCCCAGCACACACAUGUGAAGGAGGUGUUGUGACUGCUGGGUAUAGGGCAACAAGAAGCUGGGUGGCAAGUAUCAUAAAGGAGAAGCUGAAAGACUCCCCAAAUUACAAGCCCAAGGACAUUGCCAAGGACAUUCGAAGAGAAUACGGGAUUCAACUGAAAUAUUCUCAGGCAUGGCGUGGGAAGGAGAUCGCAAAGGAACAGCUUCAGGGUUCAUAUAAAGAUGCUUACAACCAAUUGCCAUUCUUCUGUCAGAAGAUAAGGGAGACAAAUCCUGGAAGUUUUGCUGCAUUCGCAACCAAGGAGGACUCAAGCUUUCAUCGUCUCUUUGUUUCAUUCAAUGCCUCUUUGUCUGGUUUCCAACAGGGUUGCCGCCCUCUCCUUUUCCUUGACAGCAUGCCUUUGAACGCAAAAUACCAAGGGACUUUGUUGGCCGCAACAGCAAUGGAUGGAGAUGAUGGUGUUUUUCCAGUUGCGUUUGCUGUUGUAGAUAUUGAGACUGAUGAUAAUUGGCAUUGGUUCUUACAAGAAUUAAAAUCUGCUGUUUCAACAUCUAGAUCCAUAACAUUUGUAGCAGAUAGACAGAAAGGGUUAAGUGAAUCUUUAGCUGAGAUAUUUGAGAAUGCAUACCAUGGUUAUUGUCUUCGUUACCUUUCUGAGAAGCUUAAGAAGGACUUAAAGGGGCAGUUUUCUCAUGAAGUGAUUCGUCUCAUGGUUGCAGAUUUUUAUUCUGCUGCUUAUGCACCCAGACUAGAAGGAUUUCAGAGAUACUCAGAAAGCAUCAAAAGUAUUUCACUGGAAGCUUAUAAUUGGGUUAUACAAAGUGCGCCUGAACAUUGGGCAAAUGCAUUAUUUGGUGGUGCACGGUAUGACCAUAUGGCAGCAAACUUUGGAGAAAUGUUCUACAGCUGGGUUUCAGAGGCAAACGAUUUACCAAUAACACAGAUGGUGGAUGUGAUACGUGGUAAGAUGAUGGAGUUGAUCUACACACGUAGGGUGGAAUCCAAUCAAUGGUUGACAAGGUUAACUCCAUCAAUGGAGGAAAAACUACAACAUGAGACAUUGAAAGCACGUUCCCUCAAAGUUCUUUUCUCACCUGGUAGCAGAUUUGAGGUUCGUGGUGAUUCCAUAGAAGAAGUUGAUAUUGAUCACUGGGACUGUAGUUGCAAAGGAUGGCAAAUCACAGGUUUGCCAUGCUCGCAUGCUAUUGCUGUUUUUGAGUGCACUGGUCGGAAUUCAUAUGACUAUUGCUCUCGAUAUUUCACAACUGAGAGUUACCGAUUAACUUAUACAGAGUCUAUACACCCAUUGUCAAACAUAGACAGGCUCAUGCUGAAAGAGUUGGCUGAUACGAAAGUCACAGUAACACCUCCUCCCACUCGUCGUCCUCCAGGGCGACCAAAGAAUAAGCAGACUGGAUUAAAAGAGGUUGUUAAACGACAACUCCAGUGUAGUAGAUGCAAGGGUAUUGGUCAUAAUAAAAAAACAUGCAAGGAGUCCUCAUAGGAGUGUUGGACAUUGGUUCUGAAGCUGUAUGCUUUUCUCUGGAAGCAACCUGAGUUUCAUAUGGAGAAGACUGCAGCCACAAAUUCCUACUAUGUAACGGAUGUUAUGCAGAUGCCAGGGUUGCUAUCCUUGAUUGGCUCUGCAAUUGGUCUUGGUGAUGGAAAAUCAGCCUGGUCAGACUCUUCUGUUAAUUUUCCAACUAGUCAAACCUUGAUUUAGUGAAUUUCACCAUUGUGAAGCUGCCUUAUGUGCUUGUAUGGGAUCCCUACUGCUGGGCUGGAUUGCUCUCUUCAAGGGUUUCUAGGAAUGAAUAGGAUUGAUUUCUGUGAUCAGUGGUGGUCAACAGCUGAAUUAUUGUCCCUUUUUUUUUUUCUUUUUCUUUUUUGUGGUGGUGGGGUGGGGGGGGGUGUUUGGGCUGCUGGAUCUCUUUAUGUAUAUGAUUUGUUCCUGAAACUUAAAAGGGUUUUAUUUGGAGUCGAGUUUGUAAUUUAGUUUUGGGUGGUUGUCUUAGAUGUGUAAUUGGACAGCAAGGGACUUGGAUGAUAUUAUACUGUGAAUGUAUAUGCGGAACAUGCUUCUUUUUUACAAUUCUUUAUUUUUGAGUUUCUUCUGAAUAAAAUUUCUGAUUUACCUACUGGAAAAA